GGUUAGUUAUGUGUAUAUAGUUGUAUUUAUAUAGUUAUAUGUAUAUAGUUAUAUUUAUACAGUUACAUACAGAGUUACAUAUGAUACUUUGUAAAUGUAAAUCAUCAAUCAAACCUCGCUCCACCCAGUGCCAGUGCCAGUGCCAGUGUCAGUGCCAGUGCCAGUCAGUUCCUUCAGCAUCUCGAAAAUGAAUAAAUGCCAAGCCGGCACAUUCAUCUUCUCCCUCCCUCCCUCCCCACAAAUACAAAUUCGGGGUUUCACUAUUGAAAUUGGUAAUUAUUGGAGAGGGAGGUGGGUGUUCGAACGCAUAUUGUGUGGGUGGAGGGUGAGUGAUUACGAGGACAUCGUAUUUCGUAUCUUUAUGUGGUGUGGUGGUGGUUCGGUUUGAGAUGAAAUUGAGCUGUUUAAAUACCGCAUUUUUGUAUGCUGAUUGUUUGAUUGAUUGAUUAUUUGUGUAUGUGUUAGGUUACUUCUUUGGGAUUGAUAGCCGGUUUGUCGAGCGAUUGUUAGGUGGGAUUUCUUGUUGGUUGGAAGGUCGCAAGCUCUCCCUUUAGUCGCAAGCUCCUCGUACUCCAGUCAGUCGCAUGCCUCUAAUGCGCCGAAAUGGCGCUUCGAAACCCUCAACAUGCGUUUUCCAAGACAUUGUCAGAUGAGCAUCUAGCCACGCACUCUGGUUCGAGUUCGUCGAGCGCGGCUUCUGCGGAGAGAGAGGUCGUGCAUCUGACGCCGGAUUUUGACUCGGAUGAGGGGGCAGAUGAUGGGGUUGAUGGGGUUGAUGGGGUUGAUGAUGAUGAUGAUGAUGAUUCGGAUUCGGAUUUGGAUAUGGGGAUGGGGAUGGGGAUGGGGAUGAGGGGUGGAGAACGUGCACAGAAUGACAGUUAUAAAAUGCAGAGAUGGCAACCUGUGCAUAGGGAAAAGGGAAAGUUUAAAGAACUUAAAAAGGCGGAUUUGGAUUUAGACGUGGAUGUGGAUGUGGAUAUGGAUUCCGAUGAGGAUAGUUAUCGCGAUGAGACUAGGAGGAGGAGGAGGAGGGGCAGUUUCUCGACAGUACAAUCAUAUCAGCUAUAUACGCCAGAUGAGGAACGAACCGUGGUGAGGAAAUUCGAUAGGAAGUUGGUGGUUUUUGUUGCAUUGCUAUACAUGUUGAGUUUCUUGGACCGAUCAAAUAUCGGUAAUGCGAAAAUCGCAGGUCUAGAACGAGAUUUACAUUUGGAUUCGAAUAAAUAUGAAUGGGUUGUUACGGCAUUCUACAUCGCAUAUAUAUGUUUCGAAUGGAUGAGUAUAUUGUGGAAGGUCAUACCGGCGCAUAUUUAUAUAACGGUGAUUGUCCUCUCAUGGGGAAUCAUCGCAUCGUUACAAUCUAUCGCGACAUCUUUUGCAGGACUACUUGUUCUGCGAACAUUGUUGGGAAUCGGAGAAGCGGGGUUCACAGGAAUCCCAUUCUAUCUAUCCUUUUUCUUCAAGAGAGAAGAAUUAGCAUUUCGGACGGGAAUCUUCUUGAGCGCUGCUCCGCUCGCAACUUCCUUUGCAAGUUCUCUCGCAUGGGGAAUUGUGAAAUUGGGAGAGCGUUCCCCGAUUGCCCCAUGGCGACUUUUAUUUCUCGUCGAGGGAUUUCCCAGCGUUCUGGUGGCGCUUUUCGCGUGGCAUCAUAUUCCUGAUAGUCCGAAUACGGCUUCUUACCUCACGACGCGCGAGAAGAAAAUUGCGCGUCUUCGUCUCCGUCAUGAAGUUACUUCUUCCCCCAGCGCCAAAACCACACCAUCUUCCGGUCUCAAGAUCAGAGAAGUAUUUCUUACUUUCCGCGAUCCGAAAGUUUACCUCACAGCUCUCAUGUUUUUCUUUUCCAACAUGGCAUUCAGCAGUAUGCCCAUCUUUCUCCCCACCAUCCUAACACACAUGGGACAUUCGGCCUCCACCUCCCAAGCCCUCUCCGCACCCCCCUAUCUCCUCUCCUUUUUCUCCGUCCUCCUCACCUCCUACCUCUCCGACAAAUUCUGCUCUCGCUCUCCCUUCCUCAUCUUCCACGCUCUCCUCUCUUCCCUCGGCUACACCCUCCUCGCUCUCCCUCCCCACUUCAUCUCCCCCUCCAUCCGCUACCUCGCCAUCUAUCCCGCCUGCGUGGGCUUUUUCUGCGUCAUCACAAUCCUCAUAACCUGGACAUUGAAUAAUCAACCCUCGUCUUCAAGACAAGGAACAGGAUUCGCCAUCAUGCAGAUGGUGGGGCAGUGUGGACCGCUGGUCGGCACGCGAUUGUAUCCGGAAACUCAGGCCCCGUAUUAUACGGAGGGGAUGGGGGUUUGUGCGGGGGUUAUGUUUGGGGUUGCGGGGUUGGGGUGGGGGUUAAGAUGGUGGUUGGGGAGGGAGAAUCAGAGGAGUGGCGGGAGGUAUGGGAGGUUGGGUGGAGAAUGGGAGGGGGAGGAUGAAGAGGAGAGGGGAUUGGUAGCGAAUGAAAAUGGGAAUGGGAAGGUGAAGAGUAGAAGGGAUGGGAAAAUAUCGUUUUUGUAUAUGUUGUGAGAUGUUUGCGUGAAUCUAGAUAAUUGGGUGAGAUCAAGUCUGAUUCAGAUUAGUGAGAAUGAAAUUUUUCUCAAUGAUAUGAUUGAUA